AUGUCACUACAAGAAACAUUCUUAACUCAGUUUCAAGAAAAUCCAUUGAACUGGUUUUUAUCAGGAUUCCUAAUUUACGUUAUUUAUUCUUAUUUAAGUCCAGUACCUUAUAAUUUGCCAACAGCAAAACACACGGAAACCACAGUAUUUCGAGAAUAUACACCAAAACAACUACGAGAGUUUGAUGGUAGAACUCAACAAACAAAGAUUUAUAUGGGAGUUUGUGGUAAUGUUUAUGAUGUUACUAAAGGUCGAAAUUUUUACGGACCGGAUGGACCAUAUGGCAAUUUUGCGGGUCGAGACGCUUCUCGUGGUUUAGCAAAAAAUUCAUUUGAUGUGGACAUGCUUACACCCAUUGAUCAACCAUUGGAUACUCUUGAAGAUUUAACUAGAGAGGAAAUUGAAAGUCUUAAUGAUUGGCAUAGUCAUUUUAAUGUAAAAUAUCAACUUGUUGGUAAAUUAGUUAAUGACCGAGACGUUUUUUAG